CCCCCCCUCCUGUGCCGGCGUCUGCGUAUCAUGGCCGCUCGCUCCUCGCUCCCUGACUCUUCCGCUUGGCCCCAGAAAGUUUCGCUUCUGCCCCUCCUUGGACCCUUGAGCGCGUGCCACCAUGAAGUCUGACGGCUGCUGACCGGACCCGGGCAGGAGCACACAGCCCAGGAAGGUGGCCUGCAGCCAGUGGCCAUGGCUUCUGCUAGCUCCGAGAGCCAGCUCCAAAGAAUUAUCCGUGAUUUGCAAGAUGCUGUGACAGAACUAAGCAACGAAUUUAAGGAAAUAGGGGAACCCAUCACCGAUGACAGCACCAGCUUGCACAAGUUUUCCUAUAAACUUGAGUACCUCCUUCAAUUCGAUCAGAAGGAGAAGGCCACCCUCCUAGGCACCAGGAAGGACUAUUGGGAUUACUUCUGUGCCUGCCUGGCGAAGGUGAAGGGCGCCAAUGACGGGAUCCGGUUUGUCAAGUCCAUCUCGGAGCUUCGGACAUCUCUGGGCAAAGGCAGAGCAUUUAUUCGCUAUUCCUUGGUGCACCAGAGGUUGGCAGACACCUUGCAGCAAUGCUUCAUGAACACCAAAGUAACCAGUGACUGGUACUAUGCAAGAAGUCCCUUUCUGAAGCCAAAGGCGAGCUCUGACAUUGUGGGCCAACUCUAUGAGCUGACCGAUGUUCAGUUUGACCUGGCAUCAAGGGGCUAUGACUUGGAUGCUGCCUGGCCCACCUUCGCCAGGAGGACACUGACUCCUGGCUCAUCUGCCUACCUGUGGAAACCCCCCAGCCGAAGUUCCAGCAUGAGCAGUCUGGUGAGCAGCUACCUGCAGACCCAGGAUAUGGCCUCCAGCUUUGAUCUGAACAGCUCCUUAAACAACGAGGCUCUGGAAGGCUUUGAUGAGAUGCGGGUGGAGCUGGACCAGUUGGAGUUGCGGGAGAAGCAGCUGCAGGAGCGGAUACAGCACCUGGAGAGAGAGAACCAGGAGCUGAGGACGACCAUCCGCUCGCAGGAAGAGCAAUUGAGAGAGGAGAAGGAGCGGGGUCGCGUGGCGGCGGCGAACAGCAUGCACCUCCCCUACGUGCUGGCCGAGCUCCAGAAGCAGUGGGAGGUCACGCAGGCCACACAGAGCACCAUGCAGGAGCUGCAGGUAUGCCUGCAGGCCCUGGAACAGGGCGCAGCCGAGAAGGAGGAGGAUUAUCAGUCAGCCCUGCAGCGGCUGGAGGCCCUGCUGCAGCCCCUGGCUCGGGAGCUGGAGGCCACCCAGGAUGCACUAGGCAGGAAGAACCAGCACCUGAUCAGCAUCCAAGGGCAACUGGGCACAGCCGAGUGCAAGGCGGAUAUGGUGCCCAAGCCAACGGGAUCACCAGAGCUCACCCCUCUCAGUGCGGCCCCGGAGCUCCAGGCACCAGAGGAGAAGCUCCGAGCCCUGGAAGGAGAAAACGCUCAGAUCCGGGAGCUCAGCCGGCAGCAGGGUGCCCGGCUGGAGCAGCUGCUCCAGGAGCUGCAGCUGAAGGAGGAGGCCCGGGCCCGCCUGGAGGUCCAGGUGGAGGAGAUGGGCCCUCUCCGGGAGGAGCUGCUCAGGAAGCAGCAGCAGGUGGCCCAGCUCCACCAGGAGCUCCAGGAGUCCGUGAGCCGGGGGCUGUCCCUGCAGGCCGAGCUGCAGGACGCCCGGCGGGAGGAGCAGGGGUUGCGGGAUGAGAAGGUGCUGUUGGAGCAGGAGACCCGCUCCCUCACUCGGCAGCUGCCCCUGCUGGAGGCCCAGCUGGCGCAGGUGAGCCAGCACGUGAGCGACCUGGAGGAGCAGAAGAAGCGCCUCAUCCAGGACAAAGACCACCUGAUGCAGAAGGUGGGGAUGUGGGAGCGGCACCCCGACCAGAGGGAGACGCUGGGUCCCCGAGACACCGCCCAGCCCCUGGCCAGCCAGAAGCUGGAGGAGGUGGGGGAGGCCCAGACGGCGGGCAGCCCCCAGGAGGAGAACCUCCAGCAGGGCACGGCGGGGCUGGAACAGGAGCUGCAGAGGGUGCUGGAGCGCAACCAGCUCCUGGAAGGCAAGCUGCAGGCCCUGCAGGCCGAGUACCAGGCCCUGCAGCAGCGGGAGGCGUCUAUCCAGGGCUCCGUGGCCUCCCUGGAGGCUGAGCAGGCCAACAUCCGGCACAUGGGCGACCAGAUGGAGGCGAGCCUCCUGGCCGUGAGGAAGGCCAAGGAGACCAUGACGGCCCGCGUGGCCGAGAAGGACGCUGCCCUGCAGAGCAAGGAGGCCGAAUGCCAGCAGCUGCGCGAGCAGGCGGAGGAGAGCCGGCGGCUCGCCCAGGCCCAGGCCGAGGAGAUCCAGGCUCUCCAGAGUCAGUGCCAGCGGCAGACCCGGCUGCUCGAGACACACCCAGCAGCAAAGGACCCGCAGGGGCUCGGUCCACCCCAAGACAGUGCCUCCUGUGAGCUCGCUGGCCAGCUGGCUCUCUCCCAGGCCCAGGUGGAGGUCCACCAGGGGGAGGCCCAGCGGCUGCAGGCCAAGGUGGCGGACCUCCAGAGCCGACUCCAGGCAGCCCUGGGGGAGCAGGAGAAGGUGCAGAGCCAGCUGAGUGUGGCCGAGGCGGCGCUGAGGGACCAUAAGGUCCUCGUGCAGCAGCUGAAGGAGCAGAACGAGGCCCUCAACAGGGCGCAUGUCCAGGAGCUGCUACAGUGCUCGGAGCGGGAAGGGGCCCUGCGGGAGGAAAGGGCCGGCGAGGCCCUGCAGAGGGACCAGGACCUGGAGGCCCUGCAGAAGCUGCUGACCCAGGCAAAGUGCAGCUCCCAGGAAGCCGAGGCAGAGCACGCUGAGCUGCAGGAACAGCUGCACCGGGCCAACACCGACACGGCCGAGCUCGGCAUCCAGGUCUGUGCGCUGACCGCCGAGAAAGAGCGGGUCGAGGGAACGCUGGCCCGCACCGUCCAGGAACUCCAGGACACCAAAGAGGCCGCCUGCCGGGAGCGCCAGGCCCUGGAGUGCCAGGUGGCGAGCCUGCAGCUGGAGAAGGAGAGCCUGCAGGAGAAGCUGGGGGCGGCCCAGGAAGCAGCCAGUUCCUUGCCGGGUCUGCAGGCACAGCUGACCCAGGCCGAGCAGCGCGUGCAGAGCCUGCAGGAGGCCGCGCGCCAGGAGCACGACACCCUCAAGUUCGUAAUGAGCACCGAGAUCAUGGACUCCCAGAGCAAGCUGAAGACUGCCAAUGAGGAAUGCAGGAGCCUCCAGGCCCAGCUGGAGAAGCAAGGCCGGAAGCUGCAGGCUGCCGAGGAGGCCAUGGAGAAGCUGAAGGCUGCCCUGGAGGACAUGAGCGAGAAGCUGAGCCACGCAAACAGCUGCCUUUCCGAGUGCCAGGCGGCCGUGCUGAAGAAGGACGAGGAGGGGGCCGCCCUCCGAGAAAGCCUGAGCAGGACACAGAAGGAACUUGAGAAAGCCAAAACAAAAAUCCAGGAGUAUUAUGACAGACUCUGCCAGGAGGUGACGAAUAGGGAGGAGAGUGACCGGAAACUCCUUGCCGACCUAGACGACCUGAACCGCACCAAGCGAUACCUGGAAGAACGACUGAUAGAGCUGCUCAGGGACAAGGAUGCUCUUUGGCAGAAGUCAGAUGCUUUGGAAUUCCAGCAGAAGCUCAGUGCUGAGGAGAAGGGACUCGCAGAAGCAGAGGUGAACCACUGCGCAGACUGCAAGCGGGAGUUCAGCUGGAUGGUGCGGCGUCACCACUGCAGGAUAUGUGGCCGCUGCUUCUGUUAUUACUGCUGCAACAACUACGCCCUGACCAAGCCCAACGGCAAGAAGGAACGCUGCUGCCGAGCCUGCUUCCACAAGUUCAGCGGAGCACCCAGCUCCCCCGACAGCAGCAGCUCAGGCAUGAGCCAGGGAGAUGCCAGCCCUGCGUCAUCGCCAGCCGGGUCACGGACCCCUGCCGGAGGAGGCCAAGACUGCAAGACCCCAGAUGACGCCGUGUUUGACAUCAUCACAGACGAGGAGCUGUGCCAGAUCCAGGAGUCUGGCUCUUCCCUGCCCGAGACGCCCACCGAGACUGACUCUCUUGACCCGAAUAUGGCUGAACAGGAUACCACAUCCAACUCCUUGACGCCCGAGGAUGUGGAAGAUUUGCACCUGGGGCAGGAUGCCGAAAUCUGCCUGCUGCGCUCCGGAGAACUGAUGAUAAAAUUGCCCCUCACGGUUGAUGAAAUCACCAACUUUGGGGAAAGCAAAAGGGAACUGUUCGUGAGAUCUAGUACCUACAGCCUCAUCCCCAUCACCGUGGCUGAGGCAGGCCUCACCAUCAGCUGGGUCUUCUCCUCUGACCCCAAGAGCAUCUCCUUCAGCGUUGUCUUCCAGGAGACCGAGGACACACCGCUGGAUCAGUGUAAGGUACUCAUUCCUACCACCCGAUGCAAUUCCCACAAGGAGAGCAUCCGCGGCCAGCUGAAGGUCCGCACACCCGGCAUCUACAUGCUCAUCUUCGACAACACCUUCUCCAGAUUUGUCUCCAAGAAGGUGUUUUACCACUUGACAGUUGACCGGCCUGUGAUCUAUGAUGGAAGUGAUUUCCUGUAGCCUCAGCACCUGGAUUUCGAUGGCUUCACUUUACACUUUAUCGACAGGAAACACUACUUUUACUUACACGCCCCAUAAAUCACUAAAAUUAAAUAUAUGUGUAUAUAUCUGCAUAUUAAUACACACGUAAGUAUAUAUACACAUAAUAUACACAUAUACAUAUACAUACACAUAUAUGUGUGUUAUUUUAAAUACCUGUUAUUUUAAAUACAUAUACACACAUACAUAUACAUUGACAUGUACAUACACAUGUAUAUGUGUAUGUAUAUGUAUUUUAAACCACACUGCACCAGCACUCAACCCCUGCAGCUUCUAAGGGCUCCAGCAAGUUCCCAUCCAAGAGAGUCUCAGUUGUCUUCCCACCUGAAGGUGAAUCAGAAAUCCUCUUUGUUCGGGUCUUGGACCCCACUCCCCACCUGCCAGGUCCCUGGCAUCCAUGCUGCCUACCACCUGCUGCUCGGCCAGCGCCUGACCCCUGGAGAUGUGUUCAGACAUGAGGAUCCUAUUCCACCUCUUGGACAGGGAGGAGGAGAUUCCCCACCCACCACCACCCCAGUCUGUGUCUCUCUCCCUCCACCACAGAAGAGUCUCGGCAGAUUCAUACCAUGUGCAGAGUGGACAUUUGCCCUUUGUUCCAUUGCUGUGUCCACUCAGGUUUGUUGUGUGCCACCCAGCCAGGACCUGUCUCGGUCGGUUUCAGUGUGGCUUUGUAUGUAAGUCACUUCCUCUUUUGAAUGUUGAUAUUUAGAAACACAAACGGCCGUGAAACACAGCUCUUUCAAGUGGUGGUCCCAGCCAGUAGGCUGAAUUACACUGGAAAUCGCCAAGAAGGAAAAGUCCUUGGGAUCCUUAUUCAAAGGAAAAGGACAAAUACCCCGUUGGUGGCCCAGCUCUUGGAAUCCCAGUCACACUCACUGUUCAGUAUCAAGACCCGCUGCCCUGCCAGCCUCACUGUAUCUCUGAAGACACUGGCCAGCCACAACCAGACAUGCAUGCGUACACAUCUGUGGGAAUAAGGUGGCUGGAGCAGCGCGUUCCUGGCUGGACUCACUUGCCUCAGGUGGACAGGGCCAACUGUGGGCAAAGAAACCCUCUGUCAGGAUACUGGAGUGUAGAAAUGAGAAGCCACAGGAUGUAACAUACAAACAAAGGGGACAGUUUUUCUGAAAUUUCCACCUGUCCCCUAAGAUAGUAAAGCCAUUCCAGACUUGGGAAAGGAAAUCCGCCCUUAGGGAUGAAAACCUCUCCAGUCUGUGUCUUACGAUUUGAUGUCCACAGAGUUUCAUUGAUUGGGGUUUCAUUUCUGAAGUGUCCACUGACCGCAGGUGUGAACCUCACCCUUGCCUCCCAGGUGCUGCGGAUGAAGCAGGGUGCACAUGUGUGUGCGUGCUGCUCAACGCCAGGCGCCAGCCGUGGCGCUGCUGAACCAGCCAUCCCGUUUACAGAACACCCACCAGACACUUUAGUGGCGCCUCGAGUAGGCGCUUCCCCUGAUUGUGACACCUUCCUGGAAGACUGAACGAAUGCCUUUUUUCUUCCUCUGAUGCAAGUCUUCAACAUAGUAAAGGUGCAUCUGUAAAUUUCAGGAGACAUCUUCCAUCAAAGGCUUCCUCUGAACGCCCUAAGGAGCGUUCUCUGGUGACUGCAAAGCAGCGCCUAAGCCUCUGAGGGCAGCUUCAGAAUUAGAAUUGCACUUUAAUUGACUCAUCCUCCAUCCUCAGGGCCUUCGGAGAUAGCAGGCCUAGAAGCCCAUUUCAUUCUGAUCUGCCAAAGAGUUACCCAGAAGCACAUCAAAUGUCAGCACCCCACCUGCCACAUUUGGGAGGGGGGGGGAUAUCUUUUCUAUCCCAAAACAUAAUCCUUUGUAAGCAUCCGCUGCACCAUUCAGAAAUGUUUUCUUUAUAAUCUCAGGAUUCUAAAUAAAGCAAAACACUAUGACA